UUUUAUAAUUUUGAUAUUUGAUUUGGAUUACAUUUUAAUUUACUGUAAAUUUAAAAAUUGUUGUGUUAUUAUUAAUUAACUACCAAUAUUUUUAAGAUAUUAUAUUAUAACAACUGAUAUUCAUUCCACAAAUAUGCAUCUACCAAAAUCAUUGUUGGAUUAGAGAUAAUUUUUCAAAUAAAAUUAAGCAACAACAUUAACAUAACACAUCAAUCUGAACAGUGGCAACCAGAACAACUACAGCAGUAGCAACCACAACUACUACACUACAGCACCGUCCUACGACAACAAAUUUUCUUUUUCAUCAAAUAAUUGCAAUCAAAUAAAUUUUAAUUACUACAAUUCUUAAACUGUUGUUGUUGAAAAAUCUCUCGAAUAAACAAAACUGUAAAAGAAGAGUUAGACUCAGAAAGGACAGCAUCAUCGAAGCCAUCUGUUAUCGGUCAUUGAUCAGAAACUAUCUUCAGACAUCAAACACACAUAAAAAAUUAAAUCCAGUAAAAAGUUGUUACACUAACUGUUGAAGAAUGUCUCGAGCAAAAACAGUAGAUUUUGAGGAAGCCAUUUUGAACUGGGCAGAGCGGGAAUACGACAGGACUGCAACUAGGAAUGAGAGGAAGUUGAAGGAGAAGCAGCGCAAAACGUCGACAAAGUACAUCAACAUUGUGAUGGAUUGGUCCAAGGUGCGAAUCAUCGAUGAAACUAAGUGGCCGACGUUGAAGGAUCUCACCGUUGAAGCCUCUGCGUCAGCUGCAACUUCGCUCUUACAAGAAACAGCAGACGAUAGUAAAAAGCCAACCAUGUCUGUGCUCUUCCACACCUGCUUCACGAACAACACAGACGACAACCAAGAGUACACGAUGAGAACAGAGAAAACAACCCGCAGCAGUUUGUGCACCGAAGUUGAAACAGGAUACACGAAAGGAAUUGAAAUGGCGGUGAAGUUGACGACGCCCUGUCAGAUCUUCGAGUCCAACGUUGGCUUCAAACGUGAGUUCAGCCUGAACAAAGUUGAAGGCGACACAUUCGAGGAGGAGAUCACGUGGGGAGUGGAGUCGGUCAUCCAAGUGAAGCCGAAGCAUGUAGCUGAAGCCUUCCUUGUCAUCAAUGAGAAGAAAUUAAGCGGAGAGUUCGAAAUAGUAUCUCGGAUGAAAGGUUUCAUAUACGUGACGUACCACAACAUAAAGGACAACAACAGCAUGAUCAAGGCCACGGGACAUGAGCUGGGUGCGAUAGUUAAAGAGCACUUGGAUCGCGAGAAGAGGAAGGGCCGGGAUUUUACAGGGAUCGUGGAGGUGGAAGAUGAUGGGACCGUUGUAACUAGGACGACUGGAACAUGCAACUUCCGGUAUGGAGUCAAGCAGGAAACUAUCGUCAGCCAGAAACCGCUAUAGGAAAUAACUAUUUUUAGAUUUUUUCAUUUUUAGAUUUGAAUUUUUUUAAUUAUUAGCUGAUAAAUUUAUUAUUGAAGUUAUUUCACGUCGUAAAAGUUGGCUUAUUUAGUUAAUACUAAGUCAUCGUCAUUGAUCAGCAAAAGAAUUAAAAUUAAUACAGUGGAAACAUUUACUUAAUAAUAACAUUUUUUAUUUGCAAAUAAUUUUAUUUUUCUACUUUCGACCAAAACAUUUCGCUAGUUGUCUCAACAGCUUCUCUAUUUUGUAAACUAUUCACUAGAAGAAUAACGAUUCAAACAGUUUCACCGUUUUUUAUCGAAAAGUACUGAGUAAAUAAUAAACUGCUUACUAAUAAUUAUUAAGUACUAACAAAUAAUAUUUUUUUCAACUUC